CUUUGCUUUGGGGGUUCCCCUGUUCUCAAGCACAGCGUGCGGUAUCUCAAUACUGCAAUAGCUUGAAGGAAAAGUUUCUUCUGCAUUGCAAACAGAUGAUUUAAAUAAUAAAAUAUGAUAUUGUCUGAUACUUUGUUUGAUGGAUCUUAACUGGGGCUCUAAUGCAAAUGCUGAAGAAGAAUCCAGCGGAUCAAGCUAUAAGAUUGAAGCUUAAAGCAGUGCAGAAGCAUAUUGCCGAACUUGGUUCCCAGCAGAAAAAAAUUGCCUCAGCUUCAAGAUCAUCACCAUCUACUAGUGAAACAGAAGCUUCUUCUUCACACACGUCUCCACUCAAAACAGAGAAUGCAUCAAAUAUCAAGUCAAAGCAAUCAUAUACUUUAAUUACAAUUAAGAAUGGUUCUCAGCCAGUGUACACAUCAAACAAUCAAACAAUUUCUGGUCCAUCCUAUAUUGGAAAUAGUAAUAGGCCAGUAAAUCUCAGCAAAUUGCCAGGAAAAUCAUUGAAUGCAGUUGACAAACCAUUUGUUCCUCAGUCAGCUGUAUUGGUUGUUACAACACCAAGCCAAAUUUCAGUGAACAAACCAGCAAUUAAAGCCACUGUUCCUGCUCCUAUUCCUAUAUCACUGUCAUCUCUUGUAUCUUCUGGAGGUGUUGUCACGCUUCCUGGUAGUUGGAAAAGUUCUGGAACGCAGGCAGCCACUGUGAAAAAUACUAAAGUAAUGGCGGAUGCAAUCGGGAGAUUGGUGCCUACAAAGCAAGUGCAAAUAAAAGUGCCUGUUGUUCAAAGCCCUGGAUCAAAUCCGGUCAUUAUUAUGCCACAGAAGACUCCUAUGAAUAACCAGCCAAAAUCAUUGUUCAGGUUGCUGCCUAAAGGUUGCCAUCCUAUACCAGUUAAUCCGCAAGGAACAGUAAUUACUCGAGGUCCACAAUUGAUGUUGCCAACAAACCAAGGCAACAUAGCUGCUAAAGUACCGGUAACUCAGAAAGCAGGAUUUCCAACGAUCAUCAUGCCCAGUGAUAGUAUGAUUAACAAGACAGGAGCUCCAUUACAACAAGUUCUUGUACAAAGAGUAGGGCAUCGUUCAACUGUGCCUACACCUACCUCGGUCACUUGGCAAGAUUUAUCAAGUAGAACUCCUGCCAUUCACAAACCAAGUUAUGUUCCAAGAAAAAGUUAUCCAAACAUAAAUAACGGUGUUGGAUCAUUUCAAAAGUUCAGGAUUUUAGAUGGAAAAGCACAGAUUUUGUCAAAAACUCACCAAGAAUCUACUCAAGGACACCCAUCUGCACAAGUCGGGAAUCAAGAUAAACCAAGAAAUAGUGCUUUAAAAGCAGUGUUGACAUCAAAACCUGUUGCAACCACAAGUGGAAUGGUUACUUUAGCUAGACUUGUACCACCUGUACCUGGAAACAGUUUCUUUCCUAUCAGAACACAAGAUACUGUAACUGGUACACAAGGCUCAGUCAUGGAAAAACGGUCGAUAAAAUUGGCAACGAACGAUAGUCCUUUUAUACCUGUGCCUGUCACUAAGAUUUCUUCUAUUUCAAAUAUAAGGCAAUCAAGCUUGGAUGAAAGCACAGAUUCUAUUAAACGUAGUGAUACACCUGUGGAUGAAGAGGCUAAGGAGAAAUUACAGUAUCUUCGUAAUAUUGAUUUAAUUCCAAAAUCACAAGCAAAUCAAGUAAGACGUCGUAGAUUCCGAAAACGAAGGGUUGCUGCGAAUCCAAUUUAUAGUGGUGGAAUGUAUAUAAGUAAUGAUCAUGAACCAAAAAGACAUUGUCCCGAUGUUAUGGCGAGUGCUUUGGAAUGCAUAACUGCACCUGAUGUGAUCGUCAAACGGCCGAGAGGUCGACCACGAGGCUCCAAAAACACGUCAACCUUAGCAGCACAAAAAGCAUCUACUUCAACUAGAAAUAUCAGAUCAAACUCGUCCACCUCACCUCUGAUGCCUACUCAUGUUGAGGAGAUAAAGCAAUUGAGAGGAAUCUUAGAUGUUGUGGCAUCUGCCUCAGAAGCUGUGACUUCUGCUGGAAUUUCUAGUGCAGACAUGGAAGUACAAGAUUUAUCUCGCCAUCCAUCUCGUCCACUACCUAAUUCAUCCCCAUUUGUUGGACCACAGUCCCUGUCCGGAGUAAGGUCUAAAUCUACAGAACUAGAAAGACCAGAAAGUCGUGGUGAUGAACAUGAAGACCAAUGUGCAAUUUGUGGGAAAACAGGGGAAGUACUUAUGUGUGAUACUUGUUCUAGAGUCUAUCAUUUAUCGUGUGCGACACCGCCAUUAUCCACUGUACCGCAAGGAAUGUGGAUUUGUUCGAAAUGCAAAAAUAACUUCAAGUACAACAAAUCAAAAACUGCAUGGUCUGGCAUAGUUACUGCUGUUCAUUCUUAUUGGGAACAUGAUGAGCAAAGGGAUUUAGAUAUUGCAAAACAUCAAGAUAAAUUAGAUGGUGUCAAAAAAGUUGUUGCUGCUCUGCAAAUGCAAACAAAAAGUUUAACAAAUGCAGUUAUGGGUAAAGUCAACCUGCGAAGUAAAGCUAUGAGAGAAAAACAUAGUUUGGAAAAGGAAAUAGUCGACUUCAGUACAAUUUUUCAAAAUGUGUGGAAAUUGCAAGCACAAGGCCACACUGGAUGAGACACGAAUUUCAUUUAUUUUUAUUUUACAUAACCUCUUUCACUCAAGAAUAUGAAUGCCUGGAAAUUCGGAAUAAAAUAUGCCAUGUAUUUGCAUCAAUUCAGCAAUUGGAAAUUAGUGGAAUCAAUAAUGAUAAUUUUGUCACUAACGCUUCAUUCAGUUAAUUUUAAAAUAAAAUUUGUCUAUUCUGAAUGGUCAUUGAUGUUCGUAUCUUGUCAUAAAUUUUUUUAAUUAAAUUUAAAAUAGCAUCUAUUCUAAACUGAUCUAGUUUAGUUCGACCUAUCCCAGAAACUAUAAAUAACCACAUCUGCAGUUGCCAGUUAUGAUAGUAUCGCAAUUUUCAUAAUUAACGCAAUUUGUUUGAAAGAGUUUUUCAAAGUUUUUUCCUUUUAUUUUGUGCAACAAUUACAUGUUUUCUUGUAAAAUUAUGAUUUUUCUUUUAAAUACUCCCUUUAUUAUUGAGUCUAUUUUGAAAGUAAGCAGACAAUGGUGGUUUCUGUUAUACUUUUAACAGGAGUUUAUCAUCUCCCAAUGAUAAAAGACUGGGCGUUUUCGUUGGUCAUUCUUUGAGCACUCCGUUUGCGUUGUUACUAAAACAGUCAAUUGUCGCUACGUUUAUUUAAUCUUUUUUGGAUAUUCAACUUUUGAAUCCCAUAGACUUGUAUAAAAAUACUUUGGUUGUUAA